AAUUCUUAUUGUAGACGACGCCUUAGGUCUAUGGACGUAAAUUAUUUUGGAUUACAUGUGGACACACGUGGAUUUAGAGAUUUCUUGAGAGUUCAUUUAGCGUGUUCAAGCGUGGUUUGCCAAAAAGAGUUAGGUACUUUGCCUCAUCUUGAAAAGCUUCUUUUAUCACACAAUUGUCUUGGAAACACAUGUUUAGAGAUCGGUAAAUGGGAAUGGAUGGAGCAAACUGCUAUUUCGCAGAGCCUGAAAGAAUUAGACAUAAGUAACAAUAAUUUCACUGAAUUGCCACUGCAAAUUGGAAAACUACAGAGUUUAAUAUGCUUAAACGUUUCCCAAAAUUUGUUAACAAAAGUGCCGCAAAUUAUUGGAACUUUGCAACAUUUAGCAAAAUUGGAUUUGUCGACAAACCUUCUGUUAUAUUUACCAGGGAGUAUGAGAGGAAUGGAAUUGGACUAUUUAGAUACUACAAACAAUCCUUUUAGAAACCAACUCGAUGAGUAUAGAUCACCUACUCUAAAAGUGGCGAGCCUUUUGGAUCUAGCAGCUAAAGCAGUGAAAAAAUACAGGUUACCACACAGUCACUUACCAUCUAGCUUCGCCAGAUACUUAGAAAAUGUCAAAUAUUGCUGUAUAUGCCGUAAUCCUUGCUUUCAUUCUGAUAUAAAGGACUUUAGGCCAUUAUUAGAUGCAAUCUCUUUUCCUAGAGUAUGUCAAAGUAGCACAUUAACAACAGACAGGGCCAUACUAUUCAAAUGUUACUUUUGUUCAUCAAAGUGCUAUAUUUAUUGUGAGACAUAAAGUGAGAAUAUAUUAACAA